AAUUCUAAUAUGGCGCUAAUCGAACAGCUUUAAUAACAUUUCUGGUGUUUGUAUUAGUGAUUUAAUUACAGAAAUUAGUGAAAUCGGUGCUAAAUUUAGUCGAGGAGCACAAAGCAGUUCGCUUUGGUCUUUCGAGAGAUGCUUUAAAACCAUCUAACUUCUUUGUCGCCCUCACUAACAUUUUUGUACACCCUACCUUCAGUGUGUAGGCGUUUGCGAUGUUAUCCUGUGGAAGCAUUAGACAGGCGCCUUGUUUAGAAGCUCUUUUUGCAAAAUCCAGUCAUCAGAGUGAUUCUGGCUCCGGGUAUUGGCAGCUCGAGUUGGAUCGUGAUUUAGUUGAUACCAUCGCUGCUAUCUACCCGGAGUGGUUCAAAAACAACACUAUGGCCGAGGGUGGGUCGGGGGCCACUUCCAGGGAUUCACCUCCAAAAGCGAUCGUCGACACGACCCCGCUUCUUAAUACUCUCGAGCAAAAUAAAGAAUCCCUGAAGGUGAAGUUGAUGCUCAGGCGACCGUUCGAUCAGCUGGUGGCCCAAGGGAUUAUGCCUCCUCAUAAAACACCGGCAGCGUACCAUGGUCAACGUCGACAGUUGGAACGUGCCAAAACUGGCGAUAUUUUAAAAGCGAAAAUUCAACAACGGCCAUCUCGCCAAGAACUCGAAAGGCGACAUAUACUGGACGAAGACCCCGGGCAUGUGGAUCCUAGCUUAGCGGAACGCCAGCGGAUGCUGAAGAAGGCCAGACUAGCCGAUCAACUAAACGAUCAGCUGUCUCACAGACCCGGGCCUUUGGAGCUUAUCCAGAAGAAUAUCUUGCAUACUGAAGAGCCUAUAGAAAGUGCAGUUAAAUCGGGACGCAUUCCAUACAAAGCAACCUGCGAAGGACAGCUUAACCGACCACAACAUCCUCACAGCUACGUCUGCUUGGAGGAUGAUUCCCAAAGUUCUGAGGGAGACGCUUUGGUAAGUCCGGGACCAUCAGAUGUCAUCGAAACUGCAGCGAAAUCCGCUGGAAUCGUUGUGUCACUUAUUCCUGCUAGUGAAAGUGCCGUAGUUGUUACGACAGCCACUCCCGUGUUUAGCAAAGACAAUAGUGAGAUAGUCUUCGCGGACUUAACCAGAUCAGUGGGUGCUCCAAUUCUUUCGCUCGGUUCGGCGUCUAGUCCCGCUUCUCUUGUGUCUUCCACCUCAACUCUUAGCCCGCUCUCCUCCAUUGCCAGCCCAAUACCACAACCUCCAACACCUGCCCCACCCCCAAUGCCAGUUUGCCUUACCCCCCGCCCUAUACCAUCACCGACAAAGACGGACGCUCCGGGCAAAGAUAAGAAUAGGAAAAAAUCCAAGUCCAAGUCGGCUCCAAAAGCUCGCACGAUAAAAUUCCACGAAUAUAAGGGUCCACCAAGCGCUCAAAAAAAUUCCUCGGCCAACAGUAACGCCCCAGGAGAAUCCUCCUACGAUUUAUUGCUGCAGCAACAAACUUUACUUUUACAAUUCCAACUUCAACUACAACACAAAUACCCGCAAAUCAUACUACCUGCCUCGCAAAAGAACACUAACGAUUCGUCACCCCCACCCGUUAAUCCCCAACCCCCCAAUACCGUCGCAAUUCCUUCCGAAUCGCCAGUGCAAUCCAAACUCGUCGGUAGAUUAGAAGACAUGAAAGUGAGUGACUUAAAAGCAGAACUAAAACGUCGUAGUUUACCCGUUUCCGGUUCGAAACCCCAACUUAUAGAAAGACUAAAACCUUUUACCGGCGCGAGUGAAAGUGUAAGUCAGACCAGUAAUUCUAGUUUAGAUAGUGUUCCACCGAAUACCAACAACGAAUUUUUCCCAAAAGAAGAGGCCGGCUCUCCUAGUUCGUGUUUAGAUGAAUCGCUCCAAGACAGAAUGGACGUGAUGGAACCGGUGAGUCCGAUGUCGCCUCAGUCUAUGCUCUGCAACAAAGAUGAUCUCGUUCGCGAACAGCAGAGGCAAAUUGAAGAGCUGCAGCGAGAGCUUACCAUUUCGCAAUUGAAACUGCAGGCGGCUACUCGAGCCGAGCCGAAAGCCCAACUGCUCGCCUUGCAAAAACAUCUGCAAGCGCGCCAGCAAAAUCAGCAACUCGCGGUGCACAUGCAGCAGCUUCAAGCGUUACACGCGCAGCAAGCGCAGGAGCAGCAGCGAAUACAGCAGCAACAGCACGUCGCGUUCCAAAAUCAGAAAAACCUAACCGGCGGUUUACUCCUGAACGGAAACGACGCGGCGACCGUACUUAAUCACUUAGUUCAAGGAAAAGCUAAAUUAGUGAACGGACACAGUCGUGCCAAUUCUUUGCCUAAUUUUAUAAAUACAAUCGUAACCCCGAUCAUUAACCAACCAGAAAUGAAAAUGGAUUGCGCUAGUGAUAACCCGAAACCCCCUCCGCCGCAAUACGAGGAGGCAACCAAACAAAUUAAGAAGGAGAAAAAUUACGUUAAAAGCCAAAUCGUCGACGACGUUUUAGAGAUACUAAUCAAAAAUGGGGAGCUGCCGCCGAGCGCCGCUCAAGAUCCCUCGACUCCGGGAUCGGCGGGAACGAAGGCGGCCGAACCCGUUUUUCCUAGCAAUGUUCAGCCUGUCGAAUCGAAUCUGCCAAUCGACCCCAGCAGUCCAGAGGCGGCUUUAGGCUUGGAUGCUUCUGAUCUGUUGGACACACUGGAUACAUUGGAGAGUAUGGAUUUUAGCCAGCUAGUAAUGGAGCUCGGUGGGAAUCAGCAUGGGAACGACAACUGUAAUCAGAGCAACGAUGUUGACGCAAUGUCGGUGCCUAUGGACACAGAUGACUGGUUAGAGUCGUUAUUACCCCACGAAAAUCAGAACGGCAACACUGUCAGUAGUAUUCCUUCUCACGAACCCGAUCUCGGGUACGAUCCACUGCUGACGACGGUGCAAGAUCCCUUCGAUCCAUUUUCACUAGAGGAAUUUCGUUCAUCCAACGAUCUGACCGCUGCUCUGUCCUGGGACAAAGUAGACUUUGCCGCGUAGCAAAGUGCGCACGUCGUAUAUUCCAGUGAUGUGAAAUUCCACUUGGUAACGCAUAGACAUUCCACGUGUGGCCGCCAAGAUCGCUUUCGGGCGCGGGACCAGGGCGGCCCUUUAGGCCAGGGAACACAUCAACCUUGUAAAUAGCGUAGAAUAGCUUGUACAGAUUGUUUUGUGACAAAGUCGCCUUUAAUUGUUAAGUUAUUGAAAUGUUGGACAUAUAUUUUGUUGAGUCUUUAUAUUAAGCGACAUUUUUCCGAUGUCGCAGUGAGGAAUGUGACGAUACGCUGGUAGGAUUAUUUAUAUUUAUGAAAUGUAUAAUCGAAAUGCCUUAAAAGAAUACCUACAUUAUGUAAAUGGCUCGUGUUUGCAUAUUCAACCAAUACUGUUUGUUAUACAUUAUUUUACUAAUUGCUCUGUUUACUUUUAAACAGUAUGUGGAUGAAUAAAGCUUCAGAUAUACAAUUA